CGAGCCCGGAGCGUGGCAGGCCGACGGCGUACGCGUUGUCGGCGAGGCCGGCGCCGGCGAGGCCCAUGAGGAAAGUGCAGAUCAUCUACUACCUCUGCCGGAACGGGCAGCUGGAGCACCCGCACUUCAUGGAGCUCGCGCAGCACCCGCACCAGCCACUCCGCCUCAAAGAUGUCAUGGACAGGCUCACGCUGCUGAGGGGCAAGGGCAUGCCGGCGCUCUUCUCAUGGUCCUGCAAGAGGAACUACAAGAACGGGUACGUGUGGAACGACCUGUCGGAAAACGACGUGAUCUACCCGUCCGACGGCGUGGAGUACGUGCUCAAGGGCUCCGAGAUCUUCCCGGGCUGCUCCUCUGAUCGCUUCCAGCACCUCCGCGUGACCGAUAGGUCGCCGACGAAGCCGGCGCUGGCGCUGCCCCACAUGAGCCACAAGCAGUACGCGGACAGCUACAGAGACGACGCCGUAGAGGACCGGGAGGACGACGAGCUGGGGUAUUCGUACCACCACCGCCGGACGGCGUCGUCAGGCCGGCUCGUCGCCGCGCGCGCCGACAAGCCCGCCGUCUCGGCGCGCGCCACCAACCGGGCCCGCCCCGUGGAGCUCCCCGUCGAGGAGACCUCGCCGCCGUCCUCGACCUCCUCGGACAAGCCGCCCGCGCCGGCGACGACGCAUCAGCAGCAGCAGACGGGGCGGCGGGCCUCGGACCUGCUGCAGGAGCCCGUGGAGCCGAGCCGUCCGGCAUCCAUGCUACUGCAGCUCAUCGCGUGCGGGUCGACGGCGCCGGUGGCCGCGGGAGGCGGUGGUGGCUCGGGCAGGUGCCGCGCCGAGCCGCGUCGGAGCUGUGGCCUGGUGAGCCGUCUCUCGGCCCGCGGCGGCGCGGACGAGGACGAGGACGAAGAGGAGGAAGCGGCGGGGGGCGAACUGGGCCGCCGGUUCGGCCACCUCGCCGUGGAGAACAAGGAGUACUUCAGCGGCAGCAUCGUGGAGGGCGCCGGCGGCAGGGGCACCCCGCUGCCGGCGUCGUCGCUCAAGCGCUCCAACUCGUACAAUGAGGAGAGGAGUUGUAGGCCCGGCGCUGGUGCCAUCGGCGAGGAGACGACGAUGAUGGAUGAGCAGAUGGAAGGCGACGGAGGGAUCAGGGGAAGAUGCAUCCCGGGGAGGAAGAAGCCAACGCCACCGCAGAAAUAGGCCACCUCCCAUUUCUCCAUCAGAUUUGCAGGAAACUAAACGCAUCUGGCUCAACCUCUUUGUAGUCCUGAUUUGAACACUAGCGUAGCGUGUUUAGCAUAGCUAUUUGUCGUUGAGGGCAGGGCAUGCACGGGAGCUUGUUAACUAGGGGAUGAGUACUCAGUUGUGUGAGUGUUGAUAUCACCAUGGUGGGUCGUCGGCUAUCAGCGAUGGCGAAGAAUCCUACUGUACUGGUCUUCUUUUUAGGAGCACGGGACGUUGUAGGCCGGGCCCGAUCGGCGAUGGCCCAUGUAGGAGUAGGAGUAGGACUGGAUGCGAUGCAUCGGUCCUGACAAUUCAUUGCUGGAUCAUGUCGUGCCCUGUGCUUUUCUGACAGCUGACGCACCGGCCAGCGGCCAUGGCCUCCUGCUCACUGCAAGGAGCCAGCGUAGGCAGGGCUAUCUUCGGCUCUUGGUGACAUUAUAAUGGUCUGCGCGCGGAACCAUUGAAAUUUGCAAAGAUUGCUAGCCGGUGCAGGUAUCUGGAAGUGCGACCGAAUGUACUGUACUUACGAAUCUAUGGGCCGAAAAGAGGUCGGGCUUCACAGUUGGUGUCGAGCCCAAAACCUUUAC